AUGUCGAACGUGCAAGAUCGAGUCGACGAGGAGAAUGGCGGCGAGAUGGGCACCGAAGCUGCUGCACGCGCCCCGAGGAACCUCCUGUGGUGGUUCCCCAGCCGAGGCGGCAAUUGGAGCUUCGGUUGGCGAAAAAUCCAAAUCUCCGACAGCAGUACGGCGACAGAUGCGACGCCGGAUGCGACAGCAGCGAGCGCAUCGCCCACCGAGACGACUGAGCCUGCAGCGCUGUCAGAAAUCGUCGACUAUUCGAAAGACAACAGCGGAGGAGAAGCAGCAGCAUGUGCGCCCGCGGCGCGAAUGUGGCGGUGGGUGUGGUCGCGGCGCGACAUACUGCUGAUGAGCACGGCGUUCCUUUUCUUCUUCGUGGCGUUCAACGCGUUGCAGAACGUCGCGACGAGCAUCCACGGCGCGAGCAACAUCGGCGCGCUCUCCAUGGGCGUGCUUUACGCCGUCAUUGUCGUCACCGCGCCGCUCGCGCCCUUCCCCAUCCGCUUCUGGCGAGCGCGCGCCGCAAUUCUCGUGGCGCAGACGGGGUUCUGGGCUUUUAUCGGCUCCAACGCGUUUACUAUAGAGUGGCUGCUUCUGCUCGCGUCGUGCUACCUCGGAGUCUGCUGGUCCGUUGUCUGGGUGGCUCAGGGAGUGUACCUCGUUGCUGCCGCGGGUGUCUACAGUAAACGUUACAACAAGCCUAUGGAUGUUGUGCGGUCGGUGUCCGCUUCUGCGGUGUCCGGGCGGCCAAUUUUGACUCGGUCUGCGACGUUUAAACGGAUGACAGUGACAGUGGGCGGGGGGAGCAAGGAGGGGGAGGGGAGGAACGCGUGGCAGCUGCUGUUUGAUCGAAAGCUGCUGCUGCUGAUUCCGCUGCUCUUCUACUCGGGACUGCAGGCUGCUUAUAUCAGUGCUGACUUCACGCGCUAUGUGGUGCAGCCGCUGCUGGGAGCGCAGUGGAUGGGCGGAGCCAUGAUGGUCUUUGGAGUCGCCAUUGCCGUCGUGAUUCGCUUCGCCAAGGGGCUCUCAUCGAUUCGCCUCAUGCUGCUGCUGGGUGCUGCCUCGCAGACAGCCGUGCUCAUUCUCACAUGGCUCUUUCAGGACAGAGCCAUGUCCCAGCCAGCAGCAUUCGCGCUGGUGUUAAGCUGUGCUCUGCUGUGGGGAAUCGGCGCCACUGCGUUCCAAUCGCAGAUCACAGCGCUCCUGCCAUUGGUCUUCCCCUCUGACGUGGACGCAGCAUACGCGCCUGUGAUUUCCCGGAGCAGUGCUGCCUCCAUGUGCCUCCUCUCGUGCCCUCUCUCUCACUCCCGUCCCCCCCCCCCCCCUUGA